UCUGCAGGCUGGAUCAGCCCUCCCUCGCUUCUCUGUACUGGGCUUUAACAGGGGGUGCUCUGUUAUUAUCAGCGAGGUUGGCCCCGGGAUAUGUACCAAUAACUCCUAACCGGAUAGGCCUCCACAAAGCGAAAGCGCAAAAACGCGCAGGCGAAACUUUGAGGCGCGUAACUGAGUUGAUCAUCUGCUGCAUUUGAGCCAGAAUCCAAAAACUACUAACAACACUGAAAGCAUGCGGAGAUGUCGAGAGGAGCACAGCCACCGAUAGUUGGGACCUUUCUGUCAAGCAAUGAGAGGUAAGGACACAAAGGACGUUCAGAAGGCUACGGUUUCGGCUCUCGCGGGUCAACAUAUGAUUUCCCAAUCGUGCUCUAUGAUUCCAGCUGAGUCACGCGAGCUGUCCUCGAUACCGCAGUGUGAAGAUGCGAUCGCUGCUGAACCGGCUCUUUACUACUGUCCCGCUACAUCGGAACACAUCGGAGGGAUUUUAAUAGUGGGAUUACCUUCCAGUUGAAAAUCUUCAGUAGAACCCAUGAGGUUUGUGAACUGUGGAAGAGCUGGAUUGUUGUCCACUCGGAUUGAGAGUGGGUUUCCUCUGAAGUGGACUGCUAAGUAAACUAAUUUACGAGAGAACAGAGGCUAAUGAAGCUGUAGAUUCUGCUGGAGAUUCCUGACCGUUGCGUCUUCUUUGUGGCACACACUGCAUCCCAUCUAUUCUUUUCACAAACCGUCUUCAUCAUCCCACGCCCAAAGUCAUCAUGACGUCCUCUUCUUUACGGCGCCAGAUGAAGAACAUCGUGAACAACUACACGGACGCAGAGAUCAAAGCCAGGGAGGCGACCUCCAACGAUCCGUGGGGUCCCCCAACCUCGCUCUUGAUGGAAAUCUCAGACCUGACCUUCAACGUGGUGUCCUUGACCGAGAUCAUGGGCAUCAUCUGGAAGAGGCUCAACGACCACGGCAAGAACUGGCGGCAUGUCCUCAAGGCCCUCACUCUGCUGGACUAUUUGAUCAAGUCAGGAUCAGAGCGAGUGGCCCAGCAGUGCAAGGAGAACAUCUACGCCAUCCAGACUCUGCGGGAUUUCCAGUACAUCGAUCGGGACGGACAGGACCAGGGCAUGGGCAUACGGGAAAAGUCCAAGCAGCUGGUGGUUCUUCUAAGGGAAGACGAGCGCCUCAAGCAGGAGAGAUCGCAGGCGCACCAGACUCGUGAACGUGUGACGGGAACCAGCAGUGCCAUGGGUUAUGGAUCUUUACCACCUCCCUAUCCAGGACGUCCCACCAGUCAGCCCAGCGUUGAAGUGCUGCAUGGGGAAGAGCAGAGCAGGGUGAUGCACGCACCAUCCUCCGUCAACCCCUCCUAUUCCCCCUCUCACCUGGCCCCAGAUCUGGAGAGCGCCCGGCCGCAGACGAGCGGAGAGGAGGAACUCCAGCUGCAGCUGGCCUUGGCCAUGAGCCAAGAGGAGAGUGUGAAGCCUGUUCCUGUUGUGGAUAUUGAUGAACAGACACAGCUUCAGAUCGCAAUGAGUCUCAGUGAGGAGGAGGCACACAAGCCAGCUCCUCCUCCUGCUGCUGUUCUGGAGAUGGAUGAAGAGGCACAGCUUCAGCUGGCCCUCACUCUCAGUAAAGAGGAACAUCAGCAGGAGGAGCAAAGUCGACAAGGAGACGAGUCGUUGCUCCAGAAAGCACUUGAGGAGAGCAAACGAGAAUUGGAGGCCAAAGGAGGAAGAUCUGCCAUGCUGGAUCUUGCAGAUAUUUUUGCUCCAGCUCCUGAUGUGCCCUCUGCUGCCAGUUCUUGGGCUUCAUCUGGAGGCUAUAGUGGCUUAGCCCAGGCUGGUCCUCUGAGGUCUGAGCCCUGGGAUAGUCCAGCAGAGCCCAGCUCUCUAAGCCGUCAACAGGGAAGCUCAUGGAUGGCGCCUCCUGCAUCAAGUGAUCGUUCCCAGCCCUGGGCACAGCGACAGCCACAUCCUGACCCAUGGGACGCCCCUAGCUCUGCGCCCAUGAACCAGACCUGGAUCUCCCCUGCACGUGGAACUGGAGUGGAUCCCUUUUCAACCGUAGAAGCAAACAAACAAGGAUCUAUUGGCCCUCUCAAAACUCCAUCCCCUCGGGCAGGAAGUCCCUCAGAUGACGAUCUUUUCGACGAGGCUAUGGAUGGAGGUCAGGCAAAUUUAAAUGGCCAUAGUAGUCCUAUGCCUUUCGAUAUGUCUUCCCUUGGCAAAGGUCUACCAAAAACAGCUCCUCAAACCAGAACUCCCGAGGCAUUUCUGGGUCCCACCGGAGCAUCACUCGUCAACCUGGAUGCUUUGAUACCCUCCAACCCUCCUUCCAAGAACUUCAACCCGUUUUUAUCAGGAAUAGAUGCUCCAUUGACCUCUAAUCCAUUCCAACAUGAGCCGCCCCGUUUCACAAUUAAUCCAAUGCACCCCAGCUCCACAUCUCCUGUACCCACAUCCCUCCCAUUUAAUACCUCUCUGCCCAUGGCUGCCAGCAUCCAGCCCAGCUCCCUGAAUUCUACCUUCACACAGUCCGCACACAUCCCGCCGCUGGUCCCCGGAGACCUGCCGCAGCCGCUGCUACCCCUGUCAACGACAUCCACGCUUGGAGAUCCAGACCAACACAACCAAAACCCAUUCCUAUGAGCAGAUCCAAAC